CCAUCAAAAACGACACAUUCAAGGGUUCAAUUGGACUUCAUAACACACUUUACCAAGUUUCACAUGCAGAUCAAUGUUUUAGCAGACACCUGUGUUUGCUGUGGAGACCAAGUUGGCUUAAGGUCCCAGCUGCUGAAGCACAUGACGCGUCACGUUUUUGAGAUUCUUCGAAAUCGCGGCUUGGAAUUGGUGAUCUCUUUCAUAGACGGGAUCACGAUUGUCCAGACGUCCGUCUUGAUGGAAAGCAGCCCGGAUGCUAUUAUGGACAUCGUUGGGAUGGUGUCAAGGAUUCAAUCAGAAAGGGUCACCGACAAGAUUAUCGCGGUAACGGCCCCGACCGAGUUAUCAGUUCUAUCAUGCUUUGGAAUCGAUGCAGUAUCGCUCCAGACGAUGGAUCUGAAGAAACUGUGCAAGUGGCGUGCGUUCACUCUGUGCUUUUACAUCAAGGAAGCCGAAGCUGCAAACAUUGGUCUGUAUAUUUCCGGCUACAUCAAGGCUGAUGGCUGGUGUGUCAUGUUGUUCAAAUCUGGGGACUUGGAUGCGUGUUUUGCUGAAGGACCGGUCCAAAGUUGCGAUGAGCACUAUAGCAGGGCGAUCCGCAGUUUGGUAUUGGCGAUCCGCUUAAACGUGUAG